AUGAGCGCGGGCAGCGGCAGCGGCGCCGCCGGCACCGCCACCUCCGCGCUGUGCCUGCUGCUCUCGCUCACCGCCGUGGCCGUGUGCCUGCUGCUGGGCGCCAAGACGGCCGAGCUGCAGGGCCGGCUGGCCGCGCUGGAGGAGCGGGGCGCCGCCGGGCACGGGCCGCUGCUGGACGCGCUGCAGCCCCGCGUGGAGCAGCUGUUCCGCGAGAAACUCGGCGAGGGCCUGGCGAAGCUGCGCACGGCGCGGGAGGCGCCCCCGGACUGCGUGUGCCCCCCAGGGCCCCCGGGGCGGCGAGGGAAGCCCGGCCGGCGCGGAGAACCCGGACCUGCAGGGCAGUCAGGACGCGAUGGGUACCCGGGGCCUCUUGGCUUGGAUGGCAAACCAGGACCUCCAGGACCAAAAGGGGAAAAGGGGGAGGCAGGAGACAUUGGCCCAAGGGGUUUCAAAGGCGAGCCAGGGGAGGAUGGAGUCAUGGGUGCCAGAGGCCCUCCAGGACCAAAGGGUGAGCCUGGCGUCCAGGGGAAAAAGGGUGAUGAUGGGAUCCCUGGGGAACCAGGACUGGUGGGCCCUAAGGGAGAAAAAGGAAGUGUGGGUCCCAAGGGAGAGAAUGGCACAGAUGGCUUCCCAGGACUGAAGGGAGAACCUGGUGAGAAGGGAGGAAUUGGCUCCAUUGGACCCCGGGGUCCCCCUGGGCUGAAAGGGGAGCAGGGAGACACCGUCGUGAUCGACUACGACGGCCGAAUCCUGGACGCGCUCAAGGGUCCACCAGGUCCCCCAGGGCCGCCGGGCCCCCAAGGCACUCCAGGUCCCAAGGGAGAGCUGGGCUUGCCAGGUCCACCUGGGGCGGAUGGUGAAAAGGGUCCCAAAGGAGCAAAGGGUGACCAGGGCAGCAUGGGGGCCAUGGGGCAGAAAGGAGAGACGGGAGAAAUGGGCUCGGCAGGUCCCCCGGGAGCAGAAGGGCCAAAAGGAGACAAAGGAGAAAAAGGAGACACUGGGUCACCAUGUCUGCAGAAUAAUCAUAUCAUCCCUGAGCCUGGACCCCCUGGAUUACCUGGCCCUAUGGGUCCUCCAGGAAUCCAGGGGCCUAAAGGUCUGGAUGGUGCCAAGGGAGAGAAAGGUGACAGUGGGGAGAAGGGGGACCAAGGUGACACCGGACCUGCUGGUCUCCCUGGUGCUCCAGGGCUCAUUGGAUUACCUGGUACCAAAGGAGAAAAGGGAAAGCCAGGGGAGCCAGGAUUGGAUGGUUUCCCUGGUCUCAGAGGAGAGAAAGGAGAGAGAAGUGAAAGAGGCGAGAAGGGUGAGCGAGGAAUACCAGGGAGAAAAGGGGCCAAAGGACAGAAGGGGGAGCCAGGCCCCCCUGGACUGGACCAGCCUUGUCCUGUGGGAGAUCAUAGCAUUGCAGGCAGCAAAAGGGGCCCAGGUUUGGCAGGCCUGGAUGGGCUGAGCCUGCCCUGCCCUUUGGUACAGUAUUAUCUGCUGUGUCUUGCAUGGUUUGUGUGUGUUCCUGCUGUGGCCCCAGGAGCAAACCCCUCCAGGGAGAGGAAGGACACAGGGCAGCAAAGCUGAGUGUUUCACUCUGGCAUUUGGGGAAGGAUGCCAAUGUGUGGGGCCUUCUUCUCCCCAGUUAUAAUAAUUUUAGAUGAGUAUAAAUCAUGUGAGAUCACACAGGGGAUGCCAGUCCCUUUAUGGUAACAGAUGCUCAAAGUUAGAUAUGCUCAAAGUUUCUCUCAGUACCCAUAGCCCAGUUUGGUUCCCCUUGUGCGUGUGCUGUUGCAGCCCUGA